GAAACCAAGAACCGGUUUUGUUCCGAACACAUAAAAACCACUGCUAGACCACCACUUCAGACCAUCCCCGGAGAAAACAUCAAUCAAUCAAUUCGGCGAAACAUUAAGAAUGUUGUUUCAACUGCCUCGCCUGACCAAUGCUCUCAGAGAACCAUUCGACGUCGAUCAAGCUUACCUUCACCGGAAAGCAAUUCUCCAAAAUCUCAACUCUCGCAGUACUGCAACUUCACUUGAAGAAUCAAAACUUGCUCGAAAGAUUGUAUAUCAAUGGGACCAAGCUUCUCCUGAGUUGCGGCAAGCGUACAAGCAGUUUGUUGGGGCAGUGGUUGAGUUGAUGAAGGGUGAGGUUGUGUCAGAGGAGUUUAGGGAGGUGGCAUUCAAUGUUUAUAGGCUUUUCACCGGGACAGUGGUGGAGGAUGAGGAACACAGGAGUAUUGCUGAGAAGAAGCUAGAUUUGCAAAAACUCGUGGGCUAUGCAGUUUCGGACUCAUUACUAUCGAGAGUUGCUUCCUUAGCACAAAGAUUGUACGAAUUGCAGAAUUAUCACCCUGGAAAUGAGACAGUCUCUUUACAAGAAAUGUCUAAUGGAACCACUGAUGAAGUGGAAUUUGGCUCGGACCUUGUCUUUAGACCUCCCGCGCGAUUCUUAAUUGAUGUUUCUUUGGAAGAUUCUGAUUUUCUUGUUGAGCAGGAUGAUGCACCUUCUUCAAGUCAUGAAUCACAGUACGAUCAUGGCUCCUCAAAUUUUAGAGAAUCUGUAUCUGGUGUAAAUUUUGAUUUAAGCUGGUUAAGAGAUGCCUGUGAUAAGAUAGUUAGAGGUAAUACUUCGCAGCUUCCUCGAGAUGAACUGGCAAUGGCCAUAUGCCGCGUACUUGAUUCUGAGAAACCAGGUGAUGAGAUAGCUGGCGAUUUGCUUGACCUUGUUGGUGAUGGUGCAUUUGAAACAGUUCAGGAUCUUAUCAUGCACAGAAAGGAAAUUGUUGAUGCAGUCCAUCAUGGACUACAUGCACUAAAAGCUGACAAGAUGUCUCCAGGGGGACAAUCACGCACACCUAGUUAUGCUGUUCAGGUAACUGUUCAAACUGAGUCUGAGCGGCAAAUUGACAAACUUCGUCGGAAGGAAGAAAGAAAGCAUAGACGAGGAACAAAUAAUGGGGUUGAGGAUGAUUUGUCUGCCGUGAGUUUUAGUUCUUUACUUCAUGCAAGUGAGAAGAAAAACAUAUUUGAGGACCUCAUUGGUCAUGGUGAAGGGCCAAACACCUUAGGUCCUACAGCCCUUCCUCAAGGAACUAUCAGAAAGCACUACAAAGGAUAUGAAGAAGUCAUUAUCCCUCCAACACCAACUGCAUCUAUGAAACCUGGGGAGAGACUGAUUGAGAUAAAGGAGCUAGACGAUUUUGCACAAACAGCUUUCCAUGGCUACAAGAGUCUUAACCGUAUUCAGAGCAGAAUUUACCAUACUACUUAUAAUAGCAACGAAAACAUACUAGUAUGUGCUCCCACUGGGGCUGGGAAAACAAACAUAGCUAUGAUUGCUAUUCUACAUGAGAUUAAAAAUCACUUUAGAGAUGGUUACUUGCAUAAGGAUGAAUUCAAGAUAGUCUAUGUUGCUCCUAUGAAGGCAUUAGCUGCAGAGGUCACAUCAACUUUCAGUCACCGGUUGUCUCCACUUAAUGUAACUGUGAGAGAACUUACUGGAGACAUGCAGCUUUCUAAGAAUGAGCUUGAGGAAACACAGAUGAUAGUGACAACGCCUGAAAAGUGGGAUGUUAUUACUCGUAAAAGCAGUGACAUGUCACUCUCAAUGCUGGUGAAGCUACUUAUCAUUGAUGAAGUCCAUUUGCUAAAUGAUGAUAGAGGCCCUGUAAUAGAAGCAUUAGUAGCCCGUACACUUCGUCAGGUGGAGUCUACACAGUCUAUGAUAAGGAUAGUGGGCCUUUCAGCCACUUUACCCAACUAUUUGGAGGUUGCACAGUUUCUAAGGGUGAAUCCGGAUACAGGUUUAUUUUUCUUUGAUUCAAGCUACCGUCCGGUACCUCUUGCACAACAGUAUAUUGGUAUUAGUGAGCAUAAUUUUUUAGCCCGCAAUGAACUUCUUAAUGAGAUAUGCUACAAUAAGGUUGUUGAUUCCUUAAAACAAGGGCAUCAGGCUAUGGUAUUUGUCCAUUCACGUAAGGACACGGUGAAAACGGCUGAUAAGUUGGUAAGUUUUCUAUCUGGAUAUGAUUUAAUGCGCAGUUAACCAUUUUACUCAAUA